AUGGUUAACAAACAUGCGCCUGGUACGACCCAGGCCGUCAGGACGAAAGCCAGCAUCGCCAACCUCCCAUAUGAGCUCCAAGUCGCCAUCUUCGAGGCUGCCAUGGAACCCCAAGUCAUCUUUAUGGAUAUCCACAACGGGUCCCUGACCUUCACGCCCCCCGCGGACAGGACCAUUGGCCAGGCCUGCCAGCUCUCGCGAGAGAUCUAUCUUAAAGGCAAGACGCUCCGCCAGCUCGGCAACCACCACGUCUGGGUCAACAGCGACAGCGACAUCUUCUACCUGCGCAGCGACGACCCGAUCCCGCGCUCGCACCGGCCCGCCGAGCGCUGGGAAUCGACGCCGGCGCUCAAGGAGCCCUUCUACCUGCGCGUGGUGCGCCACGUCGGCGUCGACCUGCAGUACCUGGGCGAGCACCCACGGCACGACGCCAUGAUCCGCAUCUGGUCGCUCUUCCCGCACCUGUGCGGCCUGCACGUGCUCGUGCCUAAGGGCCCGCCCCAGACCCCGGCCCUGCGCGCCGGCCCGGAGGGCCUGGUGCUGUCCGACAUCCCCAUCGCCCACAUCGUCGCCGCCCCCAAGCACGACAACGAGCUCUGGCUCGCCGUCCGCUACCAGGUCAAGAAAGGUCUGCGCCAGGAUCCUGUCCGUCGAGAACGGCUGGCAGGGCCGCCACAUCCCCGAGGUCUAUGGGCACUUGACCAGUCUGCGCCCUGGUCAUGGGCGGACUGA